AUGUCCAACGAAAAAGAAAAGAGGGUCGAUGCUGAUGCAUCUGAAUUGCUUGCUAGUCUUUCCAUAGAUGGAGCCAAGAAAGAAACCUCUACCAAGGAAGAAACUAAGAAAGCAACUGAUGAUGACAAGGCUGAAACAACCGACAAAAAGGUCGAAACUGAAAAAGAGAAACCAAAGAAGGAGGAAGAAGUAAAGAUAGAAGAUAAAGAAGAGAGUCCCAAAGAGUCCAAUUUAAUCAAGUCAAGCUAUGAAGUCAAAGUUAAGUUGGCUGAUUUACAAGCCGAUCCUAAUUCACCGUUGUAUUCAGUUAAGUCAUUUGAAGAAUUAGGAUUGUCUCCUGAGUUAUUGAAAGGUUUAUAUGCAAUGAAAUUCAACAAGCCUUCCAAGAUUCAAGAAAAGGCAUUGCCAUUGUUACUUUCCAAUCCACCUGAAAACAUGAUUGGCCAAUCUCAAUCAGGUACCGGUAAAACCGGUGCAUUUUCUUUAACCAUGUUGUCUCGUGUUGAUGAGUCCAUUCCAGCAACUCAAUGUAUUUGUUUGGGACCAACCAGAGAAUUAGCUAGACAAACAUUGGAAGUUAUCACCACAAUGGGUAAAUUCACCAAAAUCACAUCCCAAUUGGUUGUUCCAGAUUCUCUUGAAAGAGGGAAGGCAACUAACGCACAUAUUCUUGUUGGUACUCCUGGUAUUGUUAUUGAUUUAAUGAGAAGAAAGCUUAUCAACACUUCCAAAGUCAAAGUAUUUGUUUUAGAUGAAGCUGAUAAUAUGUUGGAAGCCCAAGGAUUAGGUGAUCAAUGUCUUAGAGUUAAGAAGCAGUUGCCUAAAUCAUGUCAAUUAGUUUUGUUUUCUGCUACUUUCCCAGAUGAAGUCCGUGCAUACGCUGAGAAAUUUGUUCCUAAUGCUAAUUCCUUGGAAUUGAAACAUGAAGAAUUAAAUGUUGAAGGUAUUAAACAGUUAUAUAUGGAUUGUUCCAGUGAAGAGCACAAGUUUCAGGUUUUGUGUGAGUUAUACGGAUUAUUAACCAUUGGAUCUUCGAUUAUUUUCGUUGAAAGAAAAGCUACUGCUGAUAAAUUGUAUAUGAAGAUGAAACAAGAAGGACACACGGUUUCUGUUUUACAUGGUGGUUUAGAAAAUGAAUCCAGAGAUAAAUUAAUUGAUGACUUCCGUGAAGGUAGAUCUAAAGUGUUGAUCACCACUAAUGUUUUGGCAAGAGGUAUUGAUAUUGCGUCAGUUUCUAUGGUUGUUAACUACGAUUUACCAACCGAUAAGAACGGCCAAGCUGACCCAUCAACUUACUUGCACAGAAUUGGAAGAACAGGUAGAUUUGGUAGAGUUGGUGUCUCCAUCUCUUUUGUACAUGACAAGAGAUCUUAUGAUAUUUUGAUGAAGAUUAGAAACUAUUUCGGUGGUAUUGAAAUGACUAGAGUUCCAACCGAUGACUGGGACGAAGUUGAAAAGAUUGUCAAGAAAGUCAUAAAGAACUAG